AUGGACACUAAAGAGUCUGCUAAAAGAUAUUUCGAAAUAUGGGCUACGGGGAUUAAGAAGUUUCCCGACACAACAUCGAUUCAUGGCUUCAGAUUCGUUGCCGAUUCUAAAAGACAUUGGUUCGAAAGAUUAUUCUGGUGUGUAUUAGUAGCGUUAUCCUGGUAUGGUUCAGCUCUGCUGAUUGCUGCCCAGUAUGAUGCUUUUCAGAACAAUCCGAUUUCUUUCGUCGUGGAAACAACGUAUAAAGACUGGAAUACUGACUUCCCGUCGGUCUCCGUCUGCGAGAAUGAUAACUCGAAACGUAUUGAAGAAGUGUCUGAUAGUUUAUGGGGAGAACACGACUUCAAUAUAGAGGAGGUUUUGAAAGAGCUGGCUUAUUUCAAAGGGAUUACAUACUACACAUCAGAAUUUUGUGGUUUUGAAAAUCCUUUGCCUGAUUGUAUUAAGAGCAAUCUCAGCUACUACGCUAGUUUGGUCCGAAGUCCUUGCGAAGAGACACUUUUGAAUUGUUCGUGGAACGGUGAACCUUUCGAAUGUUGUUCAUAUUUCAGACCUCUGGAAACGGAAUUAGGGACAUGUUUCGCUAUAAAUACAAUCCAAGGAAGAGACGCGAACGCCCCAAAAUUACCAAUGGUUAGUAACAGAACAACAGGUCCAGGAAUGUUAAGGUUUCAUGUCGAUGCAACAGCUAAUGUUUAUGUAUUGAACGAAGAAGAAGUACCUACGUUGACCACCAUUGGAUCUGAUGUAUUGAGUGUGGGACCCGAAGUAUUUCAUCGACGUUUCAUCACGUUAAGAAAUGUGGAGAAUGAUUACGGUGCACGUUUAAUUUCUCCAGAGAAACGAAAGUGUCGAUAUACAGAUGAGAACUCAUUAAAAGUCUACCGGCAUUAUUCGUACACAGCUUGUACCGUUCAAUGUAGGAAGGACGCUCAAAUUAAACUAUGUAAUUGCACUAACUACUUCACUCCUAACGUGGCAGAGCACGAGAAAUGUGACGUCAAAGGCAUCAUUUGUUUGAACGAUCAUCUCAAUGAACUCUCUGUGCUAAAAGCAAGUUGGUCGUUUCGACCAGGUUUAUAUUGCAACUGCCUGCCCUCGUGCACAGAAGCAGAGAUAUCAAUAAUGAAGGAUUUCAAAGUGAUAACAGGAGACCCAUACGCUACGGUCCAGAUAGAACUUGCUAUGUUACCAAGUGAAAAAUAUAGGAGAAAUGUAGUAAGAGGUGUUUUGGAUUUAGUGGUAUCUACAGGUGGGACAUGUGGCCUCUUUCUAGGAGUAAGCAUCCUCAGUAUUGUAGAACUUCUGUACAUCCUCAUAGUCCGACCAUUCUGUGAUAUCUACAGUCAACGUGAUGAUGACCCAUGGUUUAGAAAGUUUGAAAAUAGGAAAAUCGAAGAUAGCAAGUUCGCUUCUAAAUUGGACUGGCGAUACCACAAAACCAACGAUCAUGAUAAUGACAGGCAAUCCAAGCAACGCACUGAAUUUGUCAAUCGUUAGAUAUUCAUGCACGUGGUUUGUUUACGAACGGACA